AUGUCUCGUAUGGGCCUGCUUCCUGCUCUCUCCACAUAUCUGACAUCGCUUCUUCCCUACGCAGGCUACGAGUGGAACCGCUGUUCGCCGCUACGCUCCUCGCCCGACACCUCGUCUUCUAUGUACCCCGAUCGGCCCAUUCGCCCUCUGCCCAGACGCUCUCUGCGCGCCCGACUGUCCCCCGAGCAGGCUGAGACGAUUGUGUUCCCGCACAACCCCCCAUCGAGUGGCCCGCUGUUCAAUUUCCCGUAUACGGCCAGCGAGCGUGGGAACAGGUCUCUCCGGACAGGCGAGAAUGACCACCAUGCCUGCCACUGUGGCCAUACUCAUUCAGAAGUAGAGAGCGAAGAGGAAGAGGACGAGCGCAACGGACCGUUGCCUUCUUCUCCGAGCUACCAGUACAGCAGGCAUGCGUCUGGCAAGUCUGCGGCUGGCGUAACGGGUGCCUAUGCGAAGCCGGGCUCAACCGCCUCUUCGGUGGAUGGCUAUGAGUCAUUUGAGAACACCAACAACAAGAAGAAACGCAAGAUUCCGAACAUGGGCAACAACAGCUCGCAUCAUGCGAAUCUUGCUGGAGAUUUGGCAAGCAUGGGCAUUGCGCAAGCCCACGAGACAGGCGCCAUCGACGACGCAGAUGGGCCUGGACGCUACUACGGCUCGGCGCCCGCAACACCUCAGCACAGCAUAAACUCGGGGACAGGCAUCUCUGGCGCAGGUAGAGGGCGUUUCGGGCGAUCUGGCUCUGGACGGUCCGAGAGGCGAGUAUUGGGCAAUUCGACCAAUCUCGCCAACGCCAAAGCGAGCAGCAAACGUCCUCCAGAGCAGAGUGGCAUCAUCUCCACCGCCAUUGCCAAUGCGCAAGCGACGCCGCCGCCCCAGGGCAACGAGAACGUGAGCUUGCUACAACAAGAAGCUGCGAAGAACAGCGCAAACAAGACGCAGUUUACCUUUACCUGCGGCUCGGACUCGGCCAACAAGAUGGUUUGGCCAGGACAAGAGAACGGACCCUAUCCCAAACCGCGUGCCUUGUACCCGACUACGGCUGCUACUAUUCCCUCUGGCCCCAAGGCUGUCCGAUCCCCAAACUACACUCGCACAGCCGUCCGCCCCGACGCUCCCAGGGUGUCCACCCAGGGCACACAGACGAGUCCGAACAUAAACGGUGCGGCUGCGUAUCCACCGCCUAUGGAUAAGAACGCGCCGCAGGCCCAGAAGGGUGGCCAGCCGCAGCAACAAGCACCUCCGCCGCCAAAGCCCAGGCGUAGCGCAUCCAAGCUAUAUGCCUUUGCUGCCCGCAAGCGUCGCAUCCAGCAGGAAUACGCCAACUUCCACAACCCGCCCACUCAGCCCUGGAUAUGCGAGUUCUGCGAGUACGAGGACAUCUUUGGUCACCAGCCCAAGGCUUUGAUUCGGCAAUACGAGAUUAAGGACAGGAAGGAGCGGAAGCGACUAGCGGAAAAGCGCCGGCUGCUAGAAAAAGCCAGGAUGAAGGGACGGAAGGGAAAGAAGGCUAGCAAGAAAGCGCAGAACAACGCCAACAACGCCCAACACACGCAGAACCCUCCACCGGGCAGUUACGACCGGCAUCCUGACGAUGGGAUGUUGGAUCCACAGGACGACGAGUACUAUGACGACGACGGUUACGAUGACGUCCAGAACUCUCUAGCAGCCCGUCGAAGCGGUAGAUGCCAACAUGGCUGCCAGCAUCACCCUCCACAUCCACCACAUCCUCCUUCGCAGAAGGUGUCGGGCAUACCUCCUGGUGAUCCUCGAGUGGGUGGGCCGCCUAUUGCCAACGGUGCCUAG